AUGACGCAGUAUAUGCUGGAAACAAAUAUUACUGUGAGCUUUGUAUCGGAGCCAAUACACAUUCCGAUCAAUCCCGCGUGGUUUGGAUGUAAUAACAGGCGUGCAGCGAUAUACGUGAAUCCAGAGAGGAUUAAAAACCCAUUCGCAUUGUACAGAGCAGGAAGAAAUAGCGUUACCAUUAAAUAUGGCCAAUACUAUUUCACAUCGUUUUAUGUAUCACCAAACGUUACUGAGGAUGAAUACCUAGAAGCACUAGAUGAACUGGAUGACGUGUAUCAAUGCAUAGGUAAGCAGAAGCUGCUCCUGUGUGGGGACUUCAACUCUAGAUCCCCCCAAUGGUCAGCAUCCUCACCUAAUAAGAAGGGAGAAUACUUAGAAGAGUGGGCAGCACAAAAUGAUCUUAGACUGCUAAAUACAGGAACCAAACCUACGUGUAUACGCCCACAAGGCUUUUCUACGGUGGAUCUAUCCUGGUGUACACCAGAUAUGGUCAGUAGGAUAACGGAGUGGAAUAUAGAAUCCACGGUAACCUUAUCGGAUCAUCUGUACAUCUCCAUGACCCUAGAAAGUGCGGCAAAUGUGCAUUCCGGAGGAAGCGGUCCUAGAUCCUGGAACUUUAAAAAACUAAGCCAGGAGAUGUUCGUUGAGGCGUUAGAAUGGAAGUGUGCGGCAGUACCAGUGGAGGAUACUUUAUCGUUCAAUGGGCUGGAAUGGGUUACGUGGCUAGACACAGCAAUGAUGGAGGCCUGUGACUUAGCAGCACCAAAAUUCAAAGGAAGAAGCAGGAAAUGUUCUACAUACUGGUGGAGUGAAAACUUAGCGGAGAUAAGGAGAAGAUGUGUAGUCAAACAACGAGCUUGGACUAAAAGUAAAAGGAGGAGUAGUCCCGAAGUAAUAGAGGAACUCAGAAGAGAUUAUAGAGCGGAAACGAAACGUCUACGUAAAGAGAUCCAUAAAGCUAAACAAGAAGCGUGGAGAGAGCUUAUAGCGACGAUUGACGAAGACCCAUGGGGGCUCCCAUACAAAGUCGUUCUAAGAAAGUUAAGAAAACCGACGUUGGGACUUACAGAGACAUUAGAUAGGGACAGCUUAGAUAUGUUGGUUACAUCGCUAUUUCCUGAGGGUGAUACCCAACUUAAUAGAACUGACUGGAGCAACUGGACCUGGGAAGAGGAACACCAGAUAGCUCCAGGAGAG